AUGUCCUUUCCUUUGCUUGGUCUCAUGCUCUUCUUGCAAUCUGCAUAUACAACAAUGGAGAUGUCUCAGCUCAGUUGUCAUUAUUACCGGGAGCCCAGCACCUACAUGGAGGCAGAUAUAAUCCUCAGUACAUUUAUCCCCAUUCACAUCCCACUUGAUCUACUCCGAAAUGUCCAGAACAUUUUUGAGAGUGAACCAAGUCUACGAUGGAACACCUUUCUAUUUAGAUGGAAAAACUAUCAAAUUUUGCUGACCAUAUAUUUUGCCAUUGAGGAGAUUAAUAAGGACUCACAACUCCUUCCCAAUGUAAGCAUGGGUUUCCAUGUCUACAAUGCCUUUAAUUCUAACAUAAGAACCUUGGAGGGCCCUCUGAUGUUGUUGUCUGGAAAGAGUGAUUAUAUCCCUAACUACAAAUGCAAAAUGCAACACAAAACUCUGGGAAUCAUUUCGGGAACAAGACCAGAAUUUUCUGCUGCUAUUGGAACACUUUUGGAGCUCUACAAAGUCCCACAAGUCACAUACGGACCUUUUGAUACCAAGCUAAAUGACAAAGUUACAUUCCCAUCUCUUUACCAGAUGUCUCCCAAAUACAGCAGUCUAGUCCAUGGGGUGAUCUCUUUAUUGCUAUACUUUGGCUGGAAUUGGGUGGGGCUUUUUGUGGUUGAUGAGCUGAAAGGAAAAGAGUUCCUCUCUCAUCUGAAAGCAGAGAUGGCAUCAGAAGAUAUAUGUGUGGCUUUUACACAAAAAUUCCCAGCUUAUUGGAAGGAAGGUUUAAAAUAUGUUGUUGGUUUAGUGGACUUGACCCAACAUACACAAGUUAAUGUACAGGUAUUCUAUGGUGAUAUAGAUGACUUGAUAUUCUGCAUUGAUAAUAAAUUCUUUAUAGCUGGAGGGAAGGUGUGGAUCAUGGCUAAGCAACACUUCAUAUAUUUAGAGUCUAUAGCAAAUGAGAAUUAUUUGAUAAACGUUUUCAGAGGAAGCAUCUCCUUUUCAAAGAAGAGAGCAAUCCCUGGUUUCAAGCACUUUCUUGAGAAUCUUACACCUUCCCUGUACCCAGGAGAUUUUUACUUCUAUAAAUUCUGGAUUGACAGGUUUUUUUGUUCACCUCCUGCUUUUCCAUGUAAAUAUCUUAAACCCUGCCCAGCAAAUAUUUCCCUAAGGAUUAAGCACAAAAAAAUUGAGAUGAUGACCAUUUCUGAGCCCAGCUAUUCCAUAUGGAAUGCAGUGUAUGCACUGGCCCAUGCCUUCCAUAAAAUGCUAUUGAGCAAAACUGAAAUGGGAUCUAAAGAAGACAGAAACAUGGACUGGCUGCUACCAUGGCAGCUGCAUCCAUUUCUGAGGAAAAUUCAUGUGACAAAUGCUGCUGGAGAUGAAAUCAGCUUUGAUGAGAACAAGAAAAUUAUGGAAACAUAUGAUAUACAAAAUUUUGUGGAACAUACGAAGCAUAUUUCAUUACUAGUUAAAGUGGGAGAGUUUGUCUUUAAGAGUCCACAAGAUCAAGGCUUUUUCAUCAAUGAAGUUCUCAUUAAAUGGCCAAGCAACUUCAAUCAGACUCCUCAAUCUGUAUGUUCACAGAGCUGUGGUCCAGGAUUCUGGAAAGUUCCACAAGAAGAAAGACCUAUUUGCUGUUUUUCUUGUGUAUUUUGUCCAGAGCAGCACAUUUCCAACCAGACAGAUCAGCAGGAGUGCAUAUCUUGCUCAAGUCAACAGUACCCAGACCCUGGGAGAAUCCAGUGCCUGCCCAAGACAGUGACCUUCUUGUCCUUUGAGGAUCCUCUGGGCAUGGCCUUGGCCUGCACAGCCCUGUUCUGCUCUGUUAGCACAACUGCAGUUUUGGGGAUCUUUCUCAAACACCGAGAAUCACCCAUUGUUAAGGCCAAUAACAGAACUCUCAGCUACAUUCUGCUCAUCUCCAUCCUCUUCUGCUUCCUCUGCUCCUUUCUCUUCAUUGGACGCCCAAACACAGUCUCUUGCAUACUGCAACAAAUAACAUUUGCACUUGUCUUCACCUUGGCUAUUUCCACUGUUUUGGCAAAAACUCUAACUGUAAUUCUAGCCUUUAGAGUCAUGAAACCUGGGAGAACAAUGAGAAGAUUGUUUGUCUCAGGUGUGUAUAAUGCUGUUAUCCCCAUCUGUGUCCUGAUUCAACUUAUUCUCUCUGGAGUCUGGCUGGGAACUUCACCUCCCUAUAUUGACACACAUGUACACUCUGAACAUGCUCAUGUCAUCAUUUUAUGCAACAAGGGUUCAGUUACUGCUUUCUACUGUGUGUUGGCUUACUUGGGGACCCUAGCUCUAGGGAGCUUCACUAUGGCAUUUCUGGUGAGGAACCUGCCUGACACAUUCAAUGAGGCUAAGUUCCUGACAUUCAGCAUGCUGGUGUUUUGCAGUGUCUGGGUCACCUUCAUCCCUGUCUACCAGAGCACCAAGGGCAAAGCCAUGGUAGCUGUGGAGGUUUUCUCCAUCUUGGCCUCCAGUGCAGGGCUGUUGGGAUGCAUCUUUUUCCCAAAGUGCUACAUUAUUCUCUUAAGACCUGAUAAAAACUCUUUGAGAUGUAUUAAAAACAAAAAAUAGCAAAUAAAAAUUGAUAUACUAGUUUUCUAAUAAA